CUUCACUCUUCAGUUCAGUUCUGGUGCGCGGAUGAGCGCGCAUGUUGGCGUUCUGCUGGAGAGGUUUUGCGAAACUUUAAGGAUGAUAUACCUUGGAUGUUUCCUGCUGCUGUGUGGGCUUACGCAUGUCAUAGCAAGCUAUCCCAUCUGGUGGUCACUAGCAGUGGGCCACCAGUAUUCAUCAAUAGGUACCCAACCUAUUCUUUGUGCCAGCAUACCAGGUCUGGUGCCCAAGCAGCUGCGCUUCUGCAGAAACUACGUUGAGAUCAUGCCCAGUGUGGCCGAGGGGGUAAAGAUUGGCAUCCAAGAGUGCCAGCACCAGUUCAGAGGCCGGCGCUGGAACUGCACAACAGUCAAUGACAACUUGGCCAUCUUUGGGCCAGUUUUGGACAAAGCUACUCGAGAGUCUGCUUUUGUCCAUGCCAUUGCCUCGGCGGGGGUUGCCUUUGCUGUGACCCGGGCUUGCGCUGAUGGUUCAGCCACCAUCUGCGGCUGCGACACACGUCACAAGGGCCCCCCUGGAGAGGGAUGGAAGUGGGGUGGCUGCAGUGAGGAUGUGGAAUUUGGAAGCAUGGUGUCCCGCGAGUUUGCAGACGCGAGGGAGAACCGCCCAGAUGCUCGCUCGGCAAUGAAUCGCCACAACAAUGAGGCAGGAAGAACGUCCCUCAACGACAACAUGUUCCUGAAGUGCAAGUGCCACGGUCUCUCAGGAAGCUGCGAAGUCAAGACAUGCUGGUGGUCACAGCCGGACUUUCGAGUCAUCGGCGACUACAUGAAGGACAAGUACGACAGCGCGUCUGAGAUGGUGGUGGAGAAACACAAGGAGUCCCGCGGUUGGGUAGAGACGCUGAGACCCAAGUACAACUACUUCAAACCACCCACAGAGCGUGAUUUGGUUUACUAUGAAAGCUCACCCAAUUUCUGCGAUCCCAACCCAGAGACAGGCUCCUUUGGCACCCGGGAUCGCAUCUGCAACCUAACAUCCCACGGCAUAGACGGCUGUGACCUGCUGUGCUGCGGCAGGGGUCACAACACCAGAACUGAGAAGAGAAAGGAGAAGUGUCACUGUAUUUUCCACUGGUGCUGCUACGUCAGCUGUCAAGAGUGUGUGAGAGUCUACGAUGUGCACACUUGCAAAUAGACUUGUAGAGGUUCUCAAGAAUCUGAGAAUUUCUUCCACAGGUUUCGACCUGUGAAACACGUGUCGCGUAAACACACACAAAUGACUGUGUGUUCUAUUCGGGGAUGCUACGCAGAGCUAGUCUCUGCCCAAAUCAGCUGAAAGUGUUGAACAUGUAUCCAUACUGAGAGCAUCCUUCAUGAACUACCAUGCUUGUAUCUAUGUUUUAAAAGGUUUUCAUGCUGAAGUAGGAACAAAGGACUGCUGACGAAUUAACAAACACCAUAUUGGUGUUUCUCUUUCAUGUCAAUAAUAGCUAUUUCUGUUAAGAAUUAAACAGCAAUGCCAUUGUUACCCUCAAUGUUUAAUCAUCUUUUGAUUUUGACAAAAAAACAAACAAACAAAAAAAAGAACUUUAUGUUACAAAACGCUCAACUGCAUGCAUUCCCCUCUUUGGUUUUUUAUAUGUAUGUUUACAUACAUACGGGCGAACUAACAUGAUCAUAGUUUCAUAGUGUUAUUGAUGUUUAGGUAAGAAUGCACUUGCACCUCAGUGAAUGUAGCUAUUUGCUGUAACAUGUUUACACAUUGUCACAACCUUAAGCUAAUGGGUUAAUAUCUCUUUUAAAUGACAAACAUUAUCUGAGAGUAGCCAGAGUAGCUACAUACUGCUGAAACCAGAGCAUUUCACCCAUUUUAUGUAGUUUUAUAUAGUUUAAGAUGUUUUAAGUAAGGUUUUGUGAAACGGCUAAAGGAGUUAAUUUCUUACCUGCAGUACAUAACUCUUUUUGGCAUCUAUAUGUAGCCCAAAACCACAUUAGAUGCUGCAGAAGGCUAAAUCUAAUGAUCCUUCCAAAAGGGGCUAUGAAAAAAAGCAAACUUCUACCAUCUUAAAACAACUCCAAUUUUAAAAACGCUGUUGUGGGUCAUGAAAUGCUGCGGUUUGCACCUUUAAACCAAGAACAUCCCAUUGCAUAUCAAGUGAGUACAAUUCAGUUUAUCAAUACUGUACAAAUUCCCCAAAUGCAGCAAUCUCUGUUAUUGAGUAACCAUGUGGCAACAGUUCCUUGCAUCCGGUUGUCAACCUAGCAGCUACCCUUAAUCCUGAGCAAAUAUUUUGUGACAGUGGAAAAUAACAACUUUGUCUUUACAGAACAUUCUGAAGCAUGUAUAUUCUGGUCCAUAAAGCUAUGGCUUUUCAGACUUCAGUUGUUUUAAGAUGAUAUAUAUCAAUUAUUUGUCUUGCCCCCUCUCACUUUAGCCAUUAGCUGAUAAACAUGGUGCAAGAAUAAUCUACUGCAGGAAAGACAUUUAUUUUAGCCAAACUCUAACCCAAGAUAUUCUUUUAAAGAUUUCUCAGAAAAAGCUAUACUUUCACAUAUAUCCAAGGGGAAGAAAUAUUUAUGGGAUGGUCAGAGAUCUAUAGCUAAGACUGCAAGGUCAGCUGAGAAAUAUGAAGCUUUCUCGCCCUGGGUUUGACAAUAUUAGCAAAGUCUUUGAUGUGGAAAGACACUGAUAUUUGUGAAAGGGUUCUGUCCUAUUAUGUAAAGUUCAGACUUAAUUGUUGUUUUAAUUUUCAAUCAAUCAGAAUGAUACUCUCCUGCCAUUUUAGGAAAAAAAUAACAAUAAAAUGUUCAUUUACGAGCUAUGUAAGUUCUGUUAUGCAGUAUAUUUUACAGUUGUUGGAAAAUAAUGACCAAAACCUUUGUUUGUAAUGAUUCUGAGCAAUGACUUCCUGUUCCCUACACUAAACAAUGAGCAGCAUCACUGAAGCUAUCAAUACUUCCAUAUUAUAAAGCUGCUAAGGUAACAUGAGUUCAUGUUUGUUUCAUGUUUGUUUAUUAACUUACAUAGAAUACAUCUUCAUCCCUGUGUGAUUUGUGUAUUCUUUGCAUGUACUGAUUCUUUCUGUGAAAGAAAACUGCUUAUUGUAGUUUGGUAAAAAAAAAAAAUGUGAAUUUUUUUUUUUGUUUGUUUAAAGUAAUACAGAUUUAACUAAAUAGGAUAAAAUAGAGCUUGUUUUUCUCAGUGUCACACUAAAUAUUGGAUUAACAAGGUGGCGCAGAUGGAGGAAAACACAAUUAUGUGGGACUGAAUUCAAAUACUCAACAAAGAUACAUUUAAAGAUAAAUAAAUCAGCAAAAUAGAAGACAUAUAAGACAGUGCAACAAAUUCUGAUCAUUUUGCCGCUUUAUCAUUCAUACUUUUGCGAAUGGAUGUUUUUUUUGUGCCUUUCUUGCCUACAUAUAUCAGUUUUGAAAGCUUAGAGUAAUUUUCCAUAAUUUUCUUUUCUGACAGCAGGAGGUCACUUAACAGUUACACUGGUUUUAUCAGGUGUCUUUAUUUGUAAUACUGCAUAAAUGUUAUUUUAAUUUGAAUUAAAUUAUAAGUAUAGUUUGUUCACUUCUAUGAUUAUGGGCUUCAUCAUUGUUUUUUAAAAAUACAUAUCUUUUGAGGUAAACAAACUGUUAAAUAAUGACACAUGGAUAUGAAAUGGAAGUAAGAAUUGAAAAGGGGGUAAAUCGAUCGAGAGCCACGCCUUUCACAGUUCUGUUUAAAACAAAAACAGUGUGUCAACACAUUUCAGAUAACACAAGAAAAUAUUUCUUUCAUUUUUUCGAUUUGAUAAAUUUUUGGCUUGCCUGUUUAGUUGUAUAUUUUUAGUAGUGUUGUCUCAUUUCAUCAAAUGUGUUACCUGUUCUAAAUACAUUUUGCAAGAUGUUGUGUUUAAUUUUUGUUAUUCCUAAAAGUUUAUGUUCAUUUUUUUGUUUUGCUUUGUUUGAGUUUUAUUGCAGUUUACUGUGUUUCACUACUCAUGACUUUUAUAAAGCAGAUUAAUAGAGGCUAUCUCCUUUGAUUUAAGAAGAAAUGCAGAAUAAUAUUUAUUUAUCUGGGAUGACCUUUGAAUACCGAAAU